AGGGUUUAAGGUUUGUAAGCCAACGGGUUUAACUUCUCUGGUUUCUUUCCUCCUCCGCUGUCUCUCCAUUGUCUUGAACCUCUCUCCUCUCGAAUUAUCUCACCACGACAGGUAAACAAUGUCCGCAAAGAGAGCUACGCUUCUUACAAUCAACUCUCUCACUGCUUUAUCCAAGGUAUGUCCUUCUCCCAACUCCUCCUCGGCUUCAUCUAAAACCCUAACUUUAUUGAAGAAUCUUAGUACUGCCGCUGAAAGAGCCGAUUUUCAAAUUUCUAACGGGUUUCAAAAAGAAAAUUCUCCAGAGAAUCACCAAAACCCUGAUGGGUUUGACGCAGACAAUCAGAAUCAUAUAGAGUUUCAGCAAAAACCAAAUGGGCAAAGCCCGGGUGGGUAUUUUUCCGGAAGCCCACAAGGGUUUUAUGGAGGCAACUCUGUGGAGGCUCAACAAAGCAUAAACCCUAAUGGGGGUUUUGAGGAAAACCUUAGAAAUGAAUUUCACAGGAACCCUAUUGGGCAAAAUGUGAAUUUUAAUGGGUAUAAUGGACAAAAUUUCCGGGAUUUGCAGCAAAAUCCAGAUGGGCUUUAUGGAGGAAACUCCAUGAACUCUUCCGAAGUUCAUCAAGACUUAAAUCCUAGAGGUUACAGGGAAUAUGCUAGAAACGAGUUUAAGCAGAACCCAUUUAGCCAGAGUGGAAAUUUUAGUAGGAAUUAUAGGCAAGGUUCUGGAGGCUUGCCGGCAAAUCAGAACGAGCUUUGUAGGGAAAGCACUAUAAAUGAAUAUCAGCAGAACCUAGUUGGGCAAAGUGGAAAUAUUAAUGGGUAUUGUGGGCAAAAUUAUGGAGAAUCAUUGCAAAAGUCGAAUGACUUUUAUGGACAAAACAGAAAUGUACAGAACUCAUAUUACAGUGAGGGACGAGCAGAAGUGAAUCAGAAUCGGAAUGGGAAUUGUCAACAGAUCAUAUCGGAGACUCUGGGAGACCUAAAUAGGACUUAUGGAGAAAAUAUCAGGCAAUUUCAGCAGAGCCCAAGUGGAUAUCAUAGAGAAAAUCUACAGCAGUAUCAGCCAAGUGAGAAUAUGUACUAUAGAGAAAAUGUUGGUCAAUAUCAACAGAACCCAAAUGUUGGUCAAUAUCAGCAGAACCCAAAUAUUGGUCAAUAUCAGCAGAACCCAAAUGUUGCUCAAUAUCAGCAGAACCCAAAUGUUGCUCAAUAUCAGCAGAACCCAAAUGUUGCUCAAUAUCAAACAAACUCUAAUGAGUUUCAGAAUAGCAUGGUGGGUUCUCCAAAAUCAAGUAAUUACAAACCAGAUGGAGAGUCUUUAGAAGCUGCAGAGAGUAGCCAAUAUAGUGGCACUCUUGAGGAGGUGGAUGAUUUCUGCAAGGAUGGAAAAGUAAAGGAAGCUAUAGAAGUUUUGGGAUUGUUGGAGAAGCAGCACACUCCUGUGGAUUUGCCCAGGUACCUGCGGUUAAUGAAGGCAUGUGGGGAGGCUAAAGCACUACAAGAAGCAAAAGCUGUUCACGAGAGCCUUAUCAAAUCAGUAUCCCCUCUCAAAGUGAGUACUUAUAACAGGAUCCUAGAGAUGUAUUCAAAAUGUGGUUCCAUGGAUGAUGCAUAUGCAGUGUUUAAGAAAAUGCCAGAGCGCAAUUUGACAUCCUGGGACACCAUGAUAACAUGGUUUGCUAAGAAUGAUCUUGGAGAGGAGGCAAUUGAUCUGUUCAUUCAAUUCAAGGAAUCAGGACUGAAACCCGAUGGUCAAAUGUUUAUUGGGGUCUUCAUGGCCUGCAGUGUCUUAGGCGAUGUCAUUGAGGGGAUGUUGCACUUUAAUUCAAUGAGCAAGGAUUAUGGCAUUGUUCCAUCAAUGAAGCAUUAUGCGAGUAUGGUGGACAUGCUGGGUAAUUCAGGGUACUUGGAUGAAGCACUAGAGUUCGUUGAGAAGAUGCCGCUAGAGCCAAGUGUCGAUGUCUGGGAAACCUUGAUGAAUAUAUGUAGAGUUCAAGGGAAUAUGGAAAUUGGGGAUCGCUGUGCUGAGCUUGUUGAGCAUCUGGAGCCCUCCCGCUUAACUGAGCAAUCAAAAGCAGGCCUUGUACCAGUGAAAGCUUCUGACCUUGAGAAAGAGAAAGAGAAGAAGAAAUUGGCCAGUCAAAAUCUUUUAGAGGUUAGGAGCAGGGUCCAUGAAUAUCGAGCGGGGGAUACAUCUCAUCCUGAGAAUGACAAGAUCUACGCAAAACUAAGGGGAUUGAAGGCACAAAUGAAAGAGGCUGGUUAUGUGCCAGAGACCAGAUUUGUGUUGCAUGACAUAGACCAAGAAGGCAAGGAGGAAGCUCUUCUUGCUCAUAGUGAGAGACUUGCUGUUGCUUACGGCCUUCUCAGCAGCCCAGCGCGUUCACCUAUUAGGGUAAUCAAGAAUCUUCGUGUUUGUGGUGACUGUCACACUGCCCUGAAGAUCAUUUCAAAGCUUGUUGGCAGGGAGCUCAUCAUACGAGAUGCUAAGAGAUUCCACCACUUCAAAGAUGGAUUGUGUUCUUGCCGGGAUUAUUGGUGAAUGAAAUUCAAUUACAGGUGCAUGUUGAGGCGUGCUUCAUGGCAAAGCGCCUCGAAAAUGCGAUGAGGCGCAAGGAAAAAAUGCAUUAGACUUACGGGUCAAGGUUUGGCAAAGGCACGGCUCAAGUACGCUUGUCAUGCCUGGAGGCUUGAGGCAUAAGCCUCAGUGGACUCGUUGAUGUAUUAUUUGGAAAGACAUUAAAGAAAGGUGUACAAUCACAAAAGAACAAUUAUUUUAUUUUUCUUGUUUCCCUUUUUAUUAAUUAAACUGAAAUUAAUUCUUCCUAA